ACGCCAGUCCAACGCAGUGCGUCGACACCAACGCACGUGCUGUCAAAGAAACAGUUGGAACGCGCGCGUUCGAAAUCCGAAAAUUGAAAACAAUGACAUAUUGGUGUUGUUUUUUUAAAUAGUGCCAAGUUGCCUUUGAAGUGCCAGGAUUUGGAUUGUUAGUGUUUUGGAUUUGCAAGAUGUCAACUUUUAUUGGUUCAGGAACUACACAGGCUGAUGCGAAAGAUCGUAUAUUAGAACGAGAUGCCGGCUUCGUGUCGGGCGGCGACGAUGACGACUCGUGCUCCGGCCCCGCCCACUCCGACGACUCCGGGGUCAGGCUUGUCGAGUCCGACCUGAGGAAGAGAGACCGCACACCACCUCUCCUUCCCCCGCCAAAAAAACGACGGCUCGCCUCCAGCGAUGAACCGUCAGAAAGCACCAGCCCUUUCAGACCUUGGUCUUUUCCAGAAGAACCUCAAAGAGAACCGCUUUCUUUAGUCAAAAAGAGUGAAACGAGUUUGCUAAGACAAAGAAGGAGGCCGGUUGAACCUCCACCACCACCAUUGCCCCCGCCAAGCGUCGAACCAAGACCCGGCCCGCCUCGAGUACCACCUCAUCCAGGCGUCGUUGCAGAACCGUCAUACACAGAUAAAUCAAAACCAAGAGAGCAAAGAAACUACAAAAACAUGACUAGAGAACGAAGGAUAGAAGCCAACGCUAGGGAAAGAACGAGAGUCCACACCAUCAGCGCGGCUUUCGACACUUUAAGAAAGUCCGUGCCCGCCUACAGCCAUAAUCAGAAGCUAUCCAAGCUCUCUGUCCUCCGAAUAGCUUGCGCGUACAUCGCCGCGCUAUCAGCGGCGAUAGACCCUGAAGCUGAUCUCUCCUCGGCAGUGGAAUCCGUGACGCAAACGAUACACACGGAAGGGAAGUUAAGAAAAAAGAAAGACGAUCCUUAGAUCUGGAAGCCGUCUCGAACUAAGCCGUCCCCUAAGCCUAUUCUCAGUACAAAAGUGACAAUAAAGGGAUUAUGAACUAUUUAUUGGAGAGUAGCGUAACAUUUUACCACAUUUUAAAUCUAGUGAUACUUAUGAUGUUCUAAGGUUGACGCUUGGUAUAUAUGGACAUAUGGACAGCUGUUAGUUUAUAUUUUAUAUCUAUCAGUUCCUAUAAAAGUUGCACAAAAAAUUAUAAAAACUGAGUUUUUUGUGUAGGAGCUUAGUAAGAAUGGAAAAUUGCAGUAUAUGAACAAUUGCAACUAUUUUGAUAGAGCUCAGUCAAAAACAUCAGAUAUUUUCCAUUUUCUAUUCAACCUAACACAGCUUAACGUGAUUGAAAUGUAUUUAAACGAAGGGUUCGCGAAGUUCACGCUUCCCAGUGAGAAUCUCUUAUUGACUGAUAUUCCAAGGUUUGUUGUAGUUGUUAUUGUUAAAGAAUAUCCAGAAGAGAAGACCUUGCAUUUCUGAAGUGAAAACAUUUGUAACUGUAUUAGAUUGCCAUUGAUAUGUCAGCUUUAGAAGUAGAUUGCAUUUUUAGGACCUUGUUGUAACUUGAUUCAAGGUACCACCGAAGUGCUUAGUUUUUUUUUCGGCGUUAACCUCAACUUCUGGAUGUGAGGUGUUUUUGCAUUUAGCAACAAAUUCCUAGCCCUUAUUUCCAGAUUUGGUUCUUAAAGGGCAAUCUCUUUUGAGAUGCGAUAUCAGCAUACUCCUCAAAAUGACAUGAAUAAAGCCUGCCUAUAUCUGGCGUUUUAUUAAUCUAAUCUCUGUACGAGUAUGUCCGAUAUCGCAACAAAAUUCAGAUUCCCGGAGAUAAAAUUGGCAUUAUAAUUUGACUGAAAGGUUUCAAGUUCCAGAAAGGCAUUACUGACGGCUACUAUUAAUCAGGUCGAAAAGCACUGUAAAGUCAAAACUAGUUCACAAUGUUCACAUCGUUCACCUUACGGGCAAUAAGAAUGGCCCCAGUACAGCGGUCUCACGCACACGAAUUUGAGCCAAUCGUGCAGUCUAGCGCCACAACGCGAUUGGUUGAUGAGUUCACAUCACGCGCGCAAUUGGUCGCAACUAGUUGCGUAAAACUGCACGAUUGGCUCGAAUUCGAGAGUGAAACCGCUGAACUAGCACCAUUUUCGACCAUCAGUUCAUUCUUCUUCGGUCAUUUUCGUCCUUAGAUAGAUGUCAAUGGUUCACAUGACAUCUAUUUGUUUUUGAAUUUAAAUUACAGACACGUACAUUCUUCAAAGAUAUAAUAGGUAUAAGGUUUAUUACACGUAAAGAAGAUAAUUUGACACCCAUUUUUUUAUCAUUAAACAUAAUUUUACUUGUUUAAUUAAAGUGUUUUUUCGGUCCGACUAAAUAGUUGUCUACAUAUUUAAUGCCUUCUUAGUUCGUUUGUUAGAUAGUUCCAACAGCCAUUCCCAGUCCAGUAUUAAGAUAAAAUUACGAUCUACCUUUAAAUUAAUCGGGCUUUAAAGAUAAUUUAUUACAAUCGAGUCAGUAAUCUUAAGAUGUAUAUUUUGUAGAAUAAGGAUGUAAGUUUUGUAAUAUGUUGUGUGGUUGAAAACGAUGUGAUCCUUACGGCAGAAGAUUCCAGGCAUUAUCUCAAAUAACCGUCUUUUAAGAAAGAGGGUAAUGGUUUCUCUUAACGUACAGGAUAAUGAAAGAUGUAUAAAAACUUGUAUAUACAUUUUAACGUAUAAAUGCCUGCUGUCCUACAAUGAUACUUUGCCUGUUAAUGACUGUUCCAAAAUUGUACAUUUGAAUAAAAAUGUUGAAAAACAUUUUAGGUAAAAUAGAUAAAUAAAACCAGGUCACCGUAAAUUUUAGAACCAUUAAAAAGAUAGGAAAAUAAUAUUUUAAUAUAGAUA